UGGUCCCACCUCUGGGCAAAGUCGGCCUUUGCCCCUUCGAGUUGCUGCCGCCAGACAGGGCAGGGGCAGGCCAAGCAACGCUGCUCAAUUCGGGUCGUUUGACUCGGACUCAGGUUGAGAGAGAAAGCUGCCGGAGCUUUUUGGAGCGGCUUCAUCGGCCCAGCGGGACGCCCAGCGGCCUCUUCCUUCUAGCUCCACCCCAUCCCCGCCUGGCCCGUUCUGUCAUUAUGCAAGUACAUUCAGGGCCACGACCCCCCGCCCUUCCCAAGAGGUGCAACUUCUUCAGAAAGCCUCCCUGACCACGUCGCGCUCCCAACACAACGGCUGUCCGAGCGCGAAACUUCGGCAAAAGGUAGGCCGGAAUGCUGAAGAGGGAGGGGGAAAGGGCCGAAGGGAAGGGGCUCAGCACGCUCUUCGCAAGUCGGAGGGUGGAAGCCGGCGGAGGAGGCUUCCCACAGAAGCCAUCCCGGAACUAGGCACCCGCGAGUGGGAGAAGAAAUCAGGAGCAGUAGUCCAGACCGUAGCCCCGCCCUGACUACACCUGGCAAGUUUCUCCAUCCGGGACUUUCCUACUUUGCAACCGGUGGGGCGCUCCAUCACCACCACCACGUGAUUGCUGCGCAGCCUAUGCAAAAUAGGUGGGCAGACAGGUGCGAUAGCGAUAGACGUCGGCCCCCGUGAUUGGCGCCCGGAGAGCGAUGGGCGUGGCCCACCUGCGGUGUUCGGUGGCCGUUGCGGCCCAGCGGGUAGCUUGGUCCGGGAGGACGGUGCGAUGAGGCGCGAGAAGAAUCUGGCGCUGUGGAUCACGUUGGCGGCCGCUCUGGCGGCCGCAGAGUCGCCCCCAGAUGGAUGCCACUCGCCCAAGACGGUGGGCCCCUGUCGGGCAUCCUUCCAUCGGUGGUGGUACAAUGCCACAAGUCAAACGUGCCAGGAAUUCAUUUUUGGGGGUUGCAAAGGCAAUGCCAACAACUUCUUCUCCGAACAGGACUGCUUCCAGAUGUGUAUCAGAGGUGGGGCUGCAGAGGCAACAGUGGUGCGUGGAGGGCCAGCCACUAAAGUGGCUACACCAAGAGCCGGACAUCACCCAGAGGCCUACGAAAAUAAGCCUGGCUUCAGAGAAUUCUGCGCUGCGCCCCGGGUGGUAGGUCCCUGCCGAGCCUCCUUCCUCCGUUGGUACUUUGACCUCGAGAGCCAGAUGUGCAAGAAGUUUGUCUAUGGGGGCUGCCGUGGCAACAAGAACAACUAUCUCUUUGAGGAGCACUGCUGGAGCCAGUGCACAGAGACAACCGAAGAGCCAGGAGACACAGAUGCACACCCUCGCCUCCCGUCCGAACCCUUCAGCUUCUCCACCAGAGCUGUGAUCCUUGCAGUCCUUCUGGCCAUCCUGGUGACUAUCCUGCUGGGCUCGAUGGGGGUUUUCUUUGUCAAGAUCUGCCGGAAGAACCCGGACUUGUCAGUGGGAACGGUGUGGAGCACACUGGAUGACAAAGAGUAUCUGAUGAGCAAUGCCUACACCCUCUGAGCGAGAGAGCUGCCUCAGUGGGAACCAAAGCAGCAUGUAAAUACAGCAGCAGGCAGCUUUACCCUGCAGGGCUUUGAUAGGGAAAUAUCCCUUUCCCUGGGAACGUCCCACUCCUCUUCCCCCCCCCGCCCAUCCCCCUUUCCAGUACACGGGGGAAUUGGCUCAGCUGCUCCACAGGAGUCCAAGAGGAGCUGCGGGCAGUGCCCCCCUUUCAGAGCCAGCGAUGACGACUCCUCGCUUGACCCAGAGCCCCCCUUGCCUUCCCUCUGGUGAAUAGGCUCUACAUAGCCCUGCCUCACUUGGGCCCUCUCAACGCAAUGGGAGAGCUCCUGGGAAUCCCCUGCUGAAGCCGCCCGUGAUUCCCUUAGCUGAGUCCCGCAGAGGCGGCUCAGAUGGGUGGGCCUGUGCCCUGCACACGUUAAUCGUUGGGGAAAGGAGUGGUGGAGCUGCCGAAGCCAUUUUUCUUCAGGAGGAAGAAAACUUUUGGGGUGUUCACACCCGUGUGCUUCUGCAGAAUUCCUCCAGUGCACCCGAGACUCAAAGGUACCAUCUUCCCUCUCAAGCUGGGCUGGGCUAACUACCACAGCCAUGCAUUUCCCAGGGGGGUGGGAGAACAGGCUAUGUAAAGUAGUGCCUGCAGGGGGCUCUACAGCAGCUUCUACCAGAGCCCUGUGAAACCCCAUUUCCCUGGGGGAAAGGAAUGCUGAGUAUCCCAAAUAUGGCUAUGCCAGUGCAGCCGGCAGAAUGUAAGAGCCCCCAAUCGGGGGGCCAGGAAGGGAGAAAAGCAAGGUGUAAGGACCCUAAAAGCAAGGUGUCCCACCCCCCUUGUUAGUUCAUUCCUCAGUAUACCUUAAGCUCAGCUCUCUUCCAGGACCUUCCCUCCAGUGCCUCCCCCCCUUUCUUUGUUGGGGCUGCCCAGUUUUGCUUUCCAGUGUGCCAGAUGGUUUUCUUGAGAUUAUCGAGUGCCACAGCUGCAACCAUUUUUCCAAAGACACUCAGGUGAGGCCACCUUUGACUAACAGGCCCACCUUAAUGCCUCUGGCUUGGCAAGAAAGCAGAGAGAGGAGCUGGAGGGGGCACUGUGGCAACCGAAGGCCUUGGAUUGCACCAUUGGUUACAGCUGCCAGCAGUUCCACCGCAUGCUUCCCUUCCUACUGGGAAAGGUUGUGUUUCCAAUCUGAGGGGGACUUUCAAGAGCGGCUCCAGCGAGCACAGCUGCUGCAAAGGCAUCUCACUGAGCAAGCUUCUACAUAACCAGCUUUAAAUGGGUUUUAUAUUUUUUUAAAAAACAAAUCAAAACUUGAUUGUAUUAAAUCUUGAGGGAUUCUUUUAAUUCUUUUUAGUAAUGAGUGGACUCUAAAUAAAAGAGUAAACUUUU